GUGGCGCAGUCGCUGCGCUGUCAUGGUUGGUGUCGGAUGCUGGCCAGUGCCAUUCUCUCCAAUGUGUCGGUGGAAACUGUUGGGUAUGGGAGAAGGUAUAGGCACAUAUAUCGUGCAUAUUGGGUGAUGCAGUACAUUGAGAAGGAGAGGCUCCGGGACAGCGAUGUUGUUGUGGUGUACGACGCUUCGGACUCGCUCCUUAGUGGUGCCUCCACNAAUUUGUGCUAUCAUCCUGAGUUGGCAGGGGUCCUUCAAUAUCCAUUAAACUUUACAGCAUUUGACUGCUCUCUUUUGUAUGACAAAGCGUGGAAGUUAAUGGGGUACAAGGAAUCUUCUCGAAAUCCUUCGGAGCCUGGGAAGUCCAUAUUCGUAUUCCUUAAC